AUGCAUCAACUGCAUCAUCAAAUGCAACAUCCACUGGCAGCUCAGCUGCCACCGUUUUUACCAAUGAUGGAUGGGAAUCCACUGGGAGCAUCGUUUCCGGCACCUGUGCCUGCUCCUGUACCAGCUCCUGUGCCUGCACCUGUUUCUGCUCCCGUUCCUACUCCUGUGCCUGCUCCAGUACCUGUUCCUACUGCUGUCUCUGCUCCCACGCCUACAUCGGCGCCUGAGCAACGUGGUCAACGAGCAGAGGGAUUUCAUCCGCAGGUGAGAUGCUCUUAA